AUGCCCCCAAGGUCGACGGGGCCUUCAAAGGAUGGUGCACGACGAGGAAGUGCCUGGCAAGUCCCCAAUGCGGACGACGGGGGGUCUGCAUCGGAGCAGAAGGUGACCAGAAAGUCAGACAAUUUGGACAGGCGAAAAUUCAAGAGAGCAUAUGAUUUCACACCCUCUCCACCCAAUGGAUCGCGUUCUCCUACAUCACGCGCCCAGGAUACAACCCAGAACCCUCUUUUGCUCCCUGAACAGCAUGGUAAUAACAAGAUGGGCCACAACUGGAAUUGGAGACGAUGGCGGCCUCGAAGUCCGUGGUCGAUCUCGCCGUCUAUCCUUUUGACGACCGCUCUUGCGAUCAUCCUACUCCUGACAAUCGUUCAUGCAUUCAUUACGCGGCAAUUGGACCCUAAAGGAUGCGACAUGUGCUGGUCACGGCCGAUGUACAUAAAGUUCAAUGAUUUUGAUACCGAGCAUACACGUUUUGCAAGCAAAUACUCUUUGUAUAUGAUCAAAGAAGGGAUAAUUGACGAAGACUCAAAGGCUCGAUGUCUGGAAUUUGCGGCUGCCGAUUAUUACAAUACUGUGGUACAGAAAGACCCUGAGAUGUUGAGGAAAGGUGCCGCAAGCCUUGACUUCUUCACCGUAGACUUUAACGAGGACUUUUCCGCUUUCCAUGGCCAGACUCUCCUUGAUCAGGCAGAAUUCGUCAAUGAUGCAGUUGCAUACAUUCUAUCCUUAUAUCACGAUCCUCGGCGAGCACAACGAGACAAUAGUCUGCCAGAUCCCAACUCAGUCAUAUUGAUAGGGCAUUCAAUGGGGGGCAUCGUCGCCAGGACGAUGCUCAUCAUGCCAAAUUACCAGUCGAACUCAAUCAACACCAUUAUCACCAUGUCAGCACCUCACGCACGGGCGCCUGUCUCCGUGGAUAAAGGGCUUGUCCACGUUUACGACAGAAUUAACGAAUACUGGCGGAAUGCGUACCUCCAAACGUGGGCUAAUGACAACCCUUUGUGGCAUCUUACCCUUCUUUCCAUUGCGGGCGGUGGCCUGGAUACUGUUGUACCUUCUGAUUACUCCAGCCUCGAAUCUUUGGUACCGACUACUCAUGGUUUUACAGUCUUCACCUCAGGCAUUCCUAAUGUUUGGACUGGUGCAGAUCAUAUCCAAACUACAUGGUGCGCCCAAUUGACGGGUGUUAUCAUGAAAUCGGUGUAUGAAACUGUCGACGUACGCCGUCCUGGACAGACGAAACCGCGGUCCGAGAGGAUGCGAAUUUUCCGACGUCAUUACCUGACUGGAAUGGAACAUGUUGUGGAAAGUUCUCUCCCUCAGCAAGACGCAUCGACAUGGAUACCCAUGAAUGACGACUCGAAUACUAUACUGGAAGAAGGGAGAAGACUACUGCUCCGGACUCUAGCCCAUGACGAGAAGCUGAAAACUUAUCUAAUCCCAGUUCCAUCUUCACAUUCGCCCAAUACCAGUCAAUUGACGCUUCUCUCAAAUCAACCGCUACAGGACGAGAAUACUUUGCUCGAGGUGCUCGUUUGCAGUGUGUCAGCAGCUCAAGAAAGACCGUCUUUAAGCUUGCUUUCUACGAGUGUGGAGCUCCCUGCACAAAGCCCCGGAUCCAGGCGCCUCUCUUGUAGAAGUGCACAUAGCGACAUUGUUAAAUUGCCUGCAUCGACUCCAUUUUCCGACCACGCGUUCGAUAAAACAGAGCCGUUCUCAUAUUUACAAUUCGAAACCUCUGACUUAGCAGAACAUGAGUUCGUUGUUGUCGUUGACAAAGCUAUCGGACCUCAGAAGGGAUGGCUCUUGGCCGAGUUCAGUCAUCACCACCAGUCGGUCAUUGCUGCUAGUGUAGGACUUCGACGCCUACUAGGCUUCGGAUUGCAUCUGAAGCUUCCAGCUGUCAGGCCGAUGGUCACUCUAAUCAAGGUGCCGGCGCUAUAUUCUAGUCUUUUGGGCUUCAAGCUGCACCUUGGACCUCAGACAUGCGGCGAUGAGGCUGAGCUUUUUACACCUUUGCUCCGACAAUACGUCGAAAACCCCUACGAAUCGAAAUACUUUGUCAAUCUUAAGAGCGCUAAUGUCAGCCUUCACGGCAGUGCACCAUUCAUGCCACCUCCCCUACGUCCUCAAGGAGCAGUGAAGGGCAUUAAUCUGCAGAUCUGGUCAGACCCAACGUGCAAUUCUUCCAUUGAUGUUUCAUUGAAGCUUGAUGUCGCGGGAAGUAUGGGCAAGCUCGUAAUGCGAUAUCGGCUUGUCUUUGCUGCGUUCCCUCUCCUUGUGGUCGCAUUGGUCUUACAAAAGCAAUUUAGCACGCACGAUGAGACCGGUAAGCGAUGA